UCUGGGCGGUGGUGGCGCCGGAAGUGGCGGCGUUGGGGCCGAGUGUGGGAAAUGGCGGCCCGCGGAGCUCUCAGCGGCCUGUGGCGGCGGCGCUGCCAGGUACUGAACAAUUCGAGUGUCAUUACUGUGAAGACAGAUAAUUUUCUUCUAAGAAAGAAUUUGAAAUGGUUGCAGUUUUCAAGCGUGCAUAUUGAUGUCGCCAAGGAUGCGGAUAAAGCUGUGAUUUCCAUUUCCGACGAACCGGACACACUGUACAAGAACCUGUCUGUUUUAGUGAAAGGCCACGAUAAGACUGUAUUGGACAGUUAUGAGUAUUUUGCUGUACUUGCUGCAAAUGAACUUGGACUCUCCAUCAGAAGAGUCUACGAGCCUCCAAGGAAAAUAGAACGGCUAACCCUUCUAAAAUCAGUACAUAUCUUCAAGAAGCACAGAGUGCAGUACGAAAUGAGAACGCUGUAUCGAUGCCUGGAGUUGCAGCAUCUAACUGGCAGCACAGCUAAUGUCUAUUUGGAAUACAUCCAGCGAAAUCUACCCGAAGGGGUUGCCAUGGAAGUAACAAAGACCAGGUUAGAAAAACUACCAGAACAUAUCAAGACUCCCAUUUGGGACACGGAGCCACAGGAAGAAGAAAAGGCGAAACCUGAAGUUUGAAAACGUUCCUGCAGCUGUGCCUGGGUGGAGGCCAGUCAGCAGCACAUUCCAAGACAGGACCUUGCACCAAGAAGGCGAGAGUACAUAGGUGGAAAAAAUACAAACUGAAAGAAAGAGAUCACCUCACUUACACACUUUACUAUUUCGUAGCCCACAGUUAAAAAACUUCAGCUGUUGGGAAUGAACAGUUGACUUUAUACUUUGCCGUGGUGUUAAAUAAAUUGUUACUGUACAUACAAAAGGA